UAGAUAUUCUGAAGAGGUAGUUCUUGAAAUAAGUGGAAUUACUAACUUAUUUCAAACAUUUUCAGAUAAGUGAUCAUUUUUGUAUUGCAAUCUGCUAGUGUAUCUUCAACUAGAAGGAUGAAAGUGCCUCUCAUUUUAGUCAUUUUUCUCAUUCCACUUGUUUAUGGCAAUGUGGUUCAUAAGAAAAGCUUCACCAAUUGGGAGAAGAUAAUUGAAGAAGUCAACUCAGCACAAAGUACAUGGAAGGCUAGGAGAAAUUUUAGUCCUCAAAUUUCUGAAGAAGCAAUACAGAAACUAUUGGGUGCAACACUGGAUGACUUUUCGAAUGCACCAUUCAAGAAAUUCGAAACCAAGGCAAACAUACCGAAAAGUUUCGAUGCAAGAAAAGUGUGGAAAAGCUGUCGAUCAAUCGGACAUAUUCGAGAUCAAGGCUAUUGUGGAUCAUGUUGGGCGGUCGCUGCAGCCGAGGCAGUCACUGAUAGGUAUUGCAUCGCUUCUGGAGGCAAAUUCAAGCAGCACCUCUCCAUGGAAGACUUGCUGAGUUGUUGCAUGGAAUGUGGCAAGGGCUGUGAUGGAGGCAGUCCACUCUAUGCCUGGUACCACAUAUGGAGACAUGGCAUCACAUCUGGAGGAGACUAUGAUUCCAACGACGGAUGCAAACCUUAUUCUUUUGCGCCAUGCGAACAUCAUAUGGAAGGAUCAAGACCACAGUGCGACUCUUUCGGGGAUCUGCCCACACCUGGCUGCAGCUUCAAGUGUCACAACCCUAGCUAUGCUCGUGGAUACUGGAGUGAUCACCAUCGAGUAACCGACUUCUACGUUCUGAACUCUACUGAGAAAAUUCAACAAGAAAUUAUGGAACAUGGUCCAGUUGAAGCAUCAUUUGUAGUGUAUGAGGAUUUUCUAGCAUACAAAUCGGGAGUUUACCAGCAUUUGAUAGGCGAGAAAAAAGGCGGCCAUGCAGUGAAGAUUAUUGGAUGGGGUGAGGAAGGAGGAACUCCUUACUGGCUAGUGGUCAACUCAUGGAACUCUGAUUGGGGCGAAAAAGGAACAUUCAGGAUUCUGAGGGGCCGAAACGAGUGCAAUAUUGAGAGUUUCAUAGUGGCUGGCACUCCAGAUAUUAGUUAUCUAUGAAUUUAAUUGAUUAGCGGAUUUCAUCAGAUAAUACUAAGAAACUGUAGAUCAUAUAUUACAAUAAAAACUUUAUAGUAAUAAAGUUUUAAUAUUUAUAAAACUUUAUAACCAUUACUAUAAAAACUUUUGUAAUAAAUGCUUAACUCAAACAAAUGUCUUAAUAAUACUUUAGAUAGCAUUACUAUAAAAAACUACUGUAAUAAAUGCUCAACUCAAACAAA